GCGCGCCGGAAGCUUACUCGUUUCCCAGGCGACCGUUCCAGGUGGCCCGCAGUCGGGACGCUGGAAAGCGACUCGGAGAAGCGGCGACCCUCGGACGGCGGCCGCAGCCUCAGGGACUCGCGGGGAGCGGCGUGCGAAGAUGGCGGCCGCCGCACCAGCCACCGCGUUUGGAGGAAAAACCAUGGCGACGCGGAGUCGAGGCCAAGUGUGAGCUCAGACCACGGGGAAAGAACUCGCGAAAGCCAGGCCCGCCGCUCCCGGGGCUCUCCGGGAAGAGCCAGUGAAGACGUGGGCUUCUCCCGCAGGGACUCGAGAAGGGUCAGCGAAGAGCUCGGCCACCGCCACAGCGACUCCCUCAGCGGCGACCCGAGGUCCUCCGAAGCUGGCGGCCACUCGGAGAGCGACUCCGGGGCGGCAGCCGUCCGAGGGGACCGCGGCCCCCGCCGCCGUGGAGCGUGGGACGGGGCUCCCCGGGACAAGGGCAGCGGCCAGCGGCCGCACCGCCUCGGCGGCUCCUGGGAGCACGGCAGCGCCGACGGCAGCCCCAGCCUCAGCAGCUCCUGGGACGGAGUGAGUGAGGACCGCGGCUACGCGGCCAGCGACUCCUCCUGGGGCACCGGCAGCGAAGACGCCGGCCGCCGCCUCACAGGCUCCUGGGAGAGAGGGCGGGAAGAGGAAAGCUCCCGCAGCCGGGACUCUUGGGAGGGAGCCGGGGCGUAUUCCGAGCGCCCGGCGUCCUGGGGGAGGACCAGUGAGGACCGCCGCAGCAGCCGGGGCCUGGACUCCACGCCGCCCCCGAGCCCCAGGAGUUGCAGCAUGCCGGCCGAGGCCAGCUCCGGCCCCUCUGCUGCAUCCAGGGACACUGCAAGCUCCUGUGCCAGGAAGAAGGUGCAUUUUGGUAGUAUACAUGAUGCAGUACGAGCCGGAGAUGUGAAGCAGCUUUCAGAAAUAGUGGAACGUGGAACCAGCAUUAAUGAAGUUGAUGUUCUCCAUAAAUUUACCCCUUUGCACUGGGCAGCACAUUCUGGAAGUUUGGAGUGUCUUCAUUGGCUACUGUGGCAUGGAGCUGAUAUCAUGCAAGUAACUUCAAAAGGUUGGACAGCAGCUCACAUAGCUGCAAUCAGAGGUCAAGAUGCUUGUAUGCAGGCUCUAAUAAUCAAUGGAGCAAAUCUGAGCGCUCAAGAUGAUCGUGGAUGCACCCCUUUACAUCUUGCUGCAACUCAUGGACACUCGUUUACUUUACAAAUAAUGCUCCGAAGUGGAGUGGAUCCCAGUGUGGCUGAUAAGAGAGAAUGGAGACCUGUACAUUACGCCACUUUUCAUGGGCGACUUGGCUGUUUGCAGCUUCUUGUUAAAUGGGGAUGUAGCAUAGAAGAUGUGGACUACAAUGGAAAUCUCCCAGUUCAUUUAGCAGCCAUGGAAGGCCACCUUCACUGUUUUAAAUUCCUACUUAGUAGGAUGAGUAGUGGACCACAAGCUUUAAAGGCCUUUAACGAUAAUGGAGAAAAUGCAUCAGACCUGGCACAGAGGUUUUUUAAGCAAAACAUUUUGGAGUUUAUCAAGAAUACUGAGUAUGAAGAAAAAUACCCGGAAGAUCAGGAAACUUUAGCAUAUCCAGGUCAUGUGGCUGCCUCUAAGGGUGAUUUGGAAAUGCUUAAGAAAUUAGUAGAAGAUGGAGUAAUCAAUUUGAAUGAACGUGAUGAUAAUGGAUCAACUCCUAUGCAUAAAGCUGCUGAGCAAGGCCACAUAGCAUGUUUGCAGUGGCUAGUUAAAAUGGGAGCAGACAGUAAUAUUACCGACAAAGCAGGGGAGAGACCCUGUGAUGUGGCUAAGAGGUUUGCCCAUUUGGCAUCUGUGAAACUGUUGGAAGGGCUACAGAAAUAUGAUAUAGAUGACGGGAAUGAACUUGAUGACAGUGAUACGCAGUUCUUUAUAAGACAUGGUGUUGAGGGAAGCACUGAUGCCAAAGAUGGUUUAUGUCUCAGUGAGUUGGAUAAAACAGACGCAAGAAUGAGAGCGUAUAAGAAAAUUGUAGAAUUGAGACACCUUCUGGAAAUUGCUGUCAGCAACUAUAAACAGUUGGGAGGGAUAACAGAAGAAGAUUUAAAGCAGAAGAAAGAACGUAUCGAAUAUGAAAAGACCAUCUCAGAGCUGCGGGCCCAGUUGGAAUAUGAACGACUGCGCAGAGAAAAAUUAGAAUGUCAGCUGGAUGAGCAUCGAGCAGAGGUGGAUAGACUCAGGGAAAUGUUGGAAAAAAUUCAGGUCUCCGAUUUCGUGCCUUUGGACGAUGACUCCUGUGAGUCAAGCAAAGAGAAAAGGCGAGUGAAAAAAAAGGUGUCUUCUGGGGGAAUGUUUAUGAGAAGAUCUGUGACUAUCUUGGAACAGUUGUUUAGAUCCUGCCUCCCACUAAUGAUCUGGUCGCUAGCUUUGGGCUUUACUGCUACUUCACAUCAGCGUGUACAUCUUCUGGACCUUGCCUGGAUGCCAAAGGCCGUCUGGCUCAGUAUCAUCAGGACCAGUCGGCCCUGCGGAGAGUGCAUUUGAUUGCUGAAACUGGUUUAGUUUGAUGAAGGGUUUGUAAGCACAUGGUAUUUCCAAAAUCAAAAAUCAAAAACUCCAAAACUAACACUAAAAUGAAGCCUCAUUGGAAAGGAUAUAGGAUCUGGAAGUAAUGGGGAUAAGGUAUGGUGUGUUUGAUGCUUCUACUCAUUAUCUGAUGCAAAGCACUUGCUAAAUCUUUACAGUAAAAUGAACACAGAUCUAUUUACUGGUGAUAAGAUAGGACUGUGUGUCUUUGUUAUGAACAAGCCCCAUAAAUCAUGCCCCUCCUGUAUGAGUUGUAAACAUAAUUGAGAUGAAGAAUGGACAAAUUGAUGUUUGUCUCAACAAACAUACUUACUGAGGAAACUGAUGUUGGGGAAUAUGGUCAGUCUAAUAAAGUUCUUAUCCCUGAACUCCAGAGUUAGACAGAUGUACCCUGUCUCAGUUAUCAGUAUCCUGGGGCAGGCAGCAGAGUUAAGGCCUGUUGGUACAGAACAGAAUGGAAUGAAAUUAUCGACCAACAGGUUAGAUGUAGGGAAAAGGUAAGCUGGGCUGAGAA